AUGACCAUCAUCAUCUCUCUGCUCCUGCUGGCCUCUCUGCUGCCACACCUGACCUUCUCCGCUCAUGUGAAUGUGGGUAUAGUGAACGGCACAGAAGCUAAACCCCACUCCAGACCUUACAUGGUUUCUCUUCAGAAGAACAGGAAUCAUAUCUGUGGUGGAUUCCUAAUUUCUGAUGAGUUUGUCUUGACUGCUGCACAUUGCUGGGACGGAUCUGAGAUUCUGACGGUUCUGGUUGGUGCUCAUGAUUUAAAUAACAUCAAGAGUUCAGAUCGCAUCGACGUGGAGUCCUACAAACCGCAUCCAAACUAUUUUUUCCUUUCUGAAAAGAAUGACAUCAUGCUUUUGAGGCUACAGGAAAAAGUCAAACUAAGCAAUGUUAAAUGGAUAUCAUUACCAAAGAAAGAAGAAGACGUGGGGACAGUUACUUUCUGUAGUGUUGCCGGCUGGGGAGGACAGGCAAUUAAAGAGGGACCGACUAAUCGUCUAAUGGAGACAAAUGUGUAUAUAAUGAACAACACAGAAUGUAGCAAUAAAUGGGGAAAGACCUACUACUCAGCCUCACAGAUGAUGUGCACACGUGGCCAUGGUGGAUCCUGCCAGUUUGAUUCAGGAGGUCCUUUGGUUUGUGGAAACACUGCAGUUGGUGUCACAUCCUUUGAUGAUGAAAAAGUCUGCAAUAGUUGUGACCGACCUGAAUUUUAUAUAAAGUUUUUACCAUAUCUUCCAUGGAUCCACUCCAUAAUUUCAAACGCGAAGUGGUUUUUGCAAUGUAAAAGGAUGAAGUAUUUGUUUGAUUUCUUUUGA